AGUAGCAAGCACCCUACGUACUUUAGCGCCUCCGCCUUGCUGGCCUAGAAUUCCCAGAUACCCCUCCAAUUCUUUACAAAAGUCAACAUCACACUGUUUCGCCAGAUUGUGCUCCCGAGGAUCAAGCACUGCCACGACAAUGGCUACCGAUCUGGCUGCAGGUGGUGGUCCUGCUCAGAACCCUAAACACGAACAGAAAAGGAGCACCAGCGAAAAGCUCAAGCAUCCCUUUCGCGAGCUCCGCGAAAAGCUGGCCAAUAGCAGUUUACACGAACAUCUGGUCCAUGAGAAGCACAAAAUCGGAAAGUUCAAAAACUUGGUCAACCCCCAGCAUCGCCAUGACGAGGAACACGAGAUAGCCUGCGACGAAAAGCGAACAAGCAUCUGCACCUCCCAUCGUUUCGAGUCCUUCUUUCCCGAGCGGGAUGGCAACAACAUCAAGUGGUAUGUCGACGGCAGAGACUACUUUUGGGCUGUCUCUGUAGCUCUCGAAAAGGCAAAAGAGACCAUCUAUAUUGCCGAUUGGUGGCUUUCCCCCGAACUCUUCCUGCGUCGUCCUCCCGCCUAUAACCAAGAAUGGAGGCUUGACCAAAUUCUCAAACGUCGUGCUGAAGCCGGCGUCAAGAUCUAUGUCAUUGUAUACCGCGAAGUCGAAGCCGCAAUUACUUGCAAUUCUGCCCAUACCAAGCAUGCCCUACAGGCACUCUGCCCAGAAGGCUCACCGGGGUACGGAAACAUCACGGUCAUGCGCCAUCCCGACCACAAUGUCCUGGAGAACGUUGCCGACAUGACUUUUUACUGGGCCCAUCACGAAAAGUUCAUUGUCAUUGACUACGAGAUGGCCUUCAUUGGCGGCCUCGAUCUCUGCUUUGGCCGCUGGGACUACCAUCAGCACAGCUUGUCUGACAUGCACCCUGAAGGUAUUGCCAACGAGAUCUGGCCCGGUCAAGACUUCAACAACAAUCGUAUCAUGGACUUCAAAAACGUCAAGGAUUGGAAGCAGAACGAGCUGUCCAAGGCAGAGCAUGGCCGUAUGCCGUGGCAUGAUGUCGCCAUGGGAGUGGUGGGUCCCUGUGUCUACGACAUUGCUGAACACUUCGUUCUUCGCUGGAAUUUCAUCAAGCGAGACAAGUACAAGCGUGACAAGCGCUAUGACUGGAUUGAGCUACAAGGCCGGCAAGGCGAGGAUGAAGAUCUAGUUGGAGUCCAGAGGCCCAGAUUUCCCGUGGGCGAGUACGUCGUUCAUCCACUCACUCCCCUCGCCAGCAAACCUAUCGUCGACCGAGGCACCAUACACGCCCAACUCGUCCGCUCCAGUGCUGACUGGUCGAGCGGAAUCCUUACCGAACACUCGAUCCAGAACGCUUAUAGCGACAUCAUUCGCAACGCACAGCACUACGUCUACAUCGAGAACCAAUUCUUCAUCACGGCCACUGGAAAAGAACAAUCACCCAUCCACAACACGAUAGGCCGCGCCAUAGUAGACGCCGUAGUCCGUGCUGCCAAGGAAGGCAGAAAGUUUCGCGUUAUCAUUCUCAUCCCUGCUAUUCCUGGCUUUGCGGGUGACCUUCGCGAUAAUGCCGCUUUGGGUACCCGUGCCAUCAUGGACUAUCAGUACAAGUCCAUCUGCCGUGGAGAGCACAGCAUCUUUGAACAGAUCCGCAAGGAAGGAGUGGAUCCCAACCAGCACAUCUUCUUCUUCAACUUGCGAAGUUACGAUCGACUUAAUAGGACCGCUGCCGAGAAAAGAAUGGAACAAAUAGCUGAAGUGUCGUACCAGGAACUCCAGCGAGCCCAGGCGGAGGAAGUCAUGAGUGAAGGAAUCCACGGCACCUACGACCCCCAAGGUGGCCGUGAUUCCCACAUGGGCAGCCGAAGAGAUCAGAAAGACACCCUGCAGGAUUCCGAAGAGCAGAAGCACAGCCACGAUGCGAAGAAGCGGUUCGAGGAAGCUAGGAGCAAGGUAGAAAAGGAAGGGACCGGCGGGGAUGAAAAGGUGAGCGCAUACGCCAACGCCGACGGCGAGCUGGACGGCAACAUCAACGGAGGCCACUUCAACGGCAGCAACCCGAACGCCUCGGAAACCAGUAGCCCGUCGAGGGCUAAAGACAAUACCCGCACCCAGUCCAAUUUUACCGUCGCCCACCACGCCAUGGCCCACACAGGAUCCGUGGCCGAUGUCACUUGGAACGGCGACCCGGAGGACGAAAUCAACAACUGGAUCCAGGAGGAGCUCUACGUGCAUGCCAAGGUGCUCAUCGCGGACGACCGCAUCGUCAUCUGCGGCUCCAGCAACCUCAACGAUCGCAGCCAGCUGGGCUAUCACGACAGCGAGCUGAGCAUCAUUAUGGAGGACAAGAAGACAGUCCAGACUACCAUGGACGGCCAGCCGUUCGAGGCCGGGUGGCACGCUACCUCGCUACGUCGGUACUUGUGGCGGGAGCAUCUCGGUCUCCUGCCGCCGCAGGAUCUGGACGCUAGUGGUGAUCCAAAUGCGCAACCACCGGGCGAUGACUCGCCCAAUGAUGCGUGGGAGCGGCAUGAGAGCUGGAAGCUGGUGGAGGAUCCUCUGAGCGAUGAGCUGUGGGAAAUGUGGACGAGUAGAGCGACCAAGAAUACCGAAGUGUUCCGGCACUUGUUCCAUGCUGAUCCUGAUGAUCACGUAAAAACCUUCGACGAAUACAAUGCCUUCCUCCCCGCCAAGGGCGUCAAACCAGGUCACAUCUUUGACCGAUACAUGCCGCCCGAAGAUGCCCGGAAGAAGCUGGGUCAAGUGAAGGGGCAUCUAGUAUGGAUGCCGCUCGACUUCCUCAAGGAUGCGGACAUGGCAGAGCGCGGGCUUCAGGUGAACUCGUGGACCGAAAGUGUUUAUACCUAGGUGGGCGUGCCACGGUGGGUGCGAUUGAGGCUUAUUGAUUGGACAGAGAGGAUGUAUGUUUGAGUACUGCGGUAUAUAGAAG